AUGGCCGCCGCAAGCGCGAGGGCGCAGAAACCCGUCGGUUCGGCACCAUGGAUUGCAGCAGAGAAGGAAAACAUGGCCGAUCUAGUGGACCAAGAAAUGGAGGAGGUGGAAUACCCUGUUCGGCAUGAAAUGGCAUGGCUGAAUGAGCAUAUGACAGAAAUAUUCUCCAAGGGCCAAACGAACUUUGCGGACGUUUUCAAGACACCUGGGAAAAUGCGCGGCAAGACACCUCGCACUGCUCGCAAGCGUGUGCCAGAGGAAUCUCGGGUGCCCUUGAGCGAGAUCUUUUCCUCUGCCCAGAAGCAAGUGGAGAAUCAUGCAAGUCCUAGCCCAUUCAUCCAUCGCGUGGUCUCCAAGACCGCUGCCGCUGCGCCGUCAUCUCCUGUGCCCCGCACUAAGGACGCGACGGAGCAGGCGUCGCAACCCGAAUACCCUGAUCUUACCGAAAACAUGAACUCUUUCCCUAAAUACAACACAGACUCGGGCUAUCACGGCAUGUCCGAAGCUGACGAAGUGGUCUUACCUGACGUGCAACCAGAAUCACAGGCUUCCACCCAGCCUGCCACUCAGCCUCUGGAGCAGGAUGAGCCAAUGGGCAUGGAUACUCAGGAAAUCGAGGUGUCCGUUGUCCAACAAGCUAACGAGGAAUCGUUCCACUCCGCACAAGAGGAUGUCCGUUCUCGGGGAGGGACCGUCGAGCCGGCUGCCACGGAACCCAGCCCACCACGGGAGCGACCAACGGCCCCAACCGCAUCACCAUCCAGAGAGACAAGCGCCGAAUUGAGUGCGACGCCCAUUAAGAAGACGAAUUCGAAGACGAAGGCCAAGACAAACGGAAAGCAACAAAACAAAAAGUCUGAGCCCGCCGAGCCAAUUGAGUCCCCUCGGCCUGUCUCGAAUCCCAAGCCAUCACCAGAAAAGACAUCAGUGGCCCCCGUGGCACCCCCCAUCGAGAAUAGUGAGACGCAGCCCGAUGACGAGGUAAUGGAAGAAGCAACGGAAGACCACACAAAGGACGACACGGUUCUCGAUAAUCUUGACGAUAUUGGCUCUCCUUCUGACGGGUCUACGCCCGAGCGACUCCCCGUUCGGAAGAGUAGCUUGAGCUUUGCAUCCCUCCCUGCGCGUGAGCCAUUGAAGAGCUUGGGUGGCUCGAGGCUCUCUCGGACAAGUCAUAUCGACCUUCCAAAGAUGAACAACACCCGUACCAGUCACUUUGGCAGGCAGACUGGCAGUCAUAAGGUCACUCAAAUUGCGCCGGAAGAAAACAACAGCUCUGGCGCUAUGGAUGUUGGUAACGAGAAGGAACCUAGUGAAGAGGUGGAGUCCGAACAAGCGACCAGGAUGCACAGCAAAAAGUCUACACAGACACUUCACGACAGAAUCAGCAUGCUGGGGAAACUGCAGCCUGUUUCCCGACCACGGAAAUCGAUUCCAUCUACUGGUGUUCCCGCUGGCCAGGUCUCCUAUCCCGAACUUCCUGCUUCUAAAAUUGAGCCCAGCGUGGAGACUUCUGUUCACAAAACAACAGAAAUUCCUGUGUUGGAGCCCACUCCUGCUGAUGAUGAUUGGAUCAAGCCUCUGAGCUCCCCUCAACGGCCCGAUCUUUCGAAGAGUAAAACCACAGAUAUCAUGGAGAAGCUUUCCGAGCUUGAGAAAGAGCGAGCAACUGAGAGGAAGAACCUUUCAAAGGCAGAGCCCGAGCGUCCGAAGUCUUCCGCCUCCAUAUUUUCCUCGCCACGGCCACAAGGACAUCAGCAGAGCGCUUCCUUGUCUCAUAUCUCAGCUGAUAUUUCUACAACACCCACGGGGUCUCCUAGACGUUUCGAUGGUCCCAUCAGUGCUUCUAAGCUCCGUUUACAUUCUAUAAUGAAGUCAGCCAAAGGGUUGUUCUCGAGCACUGGAAACACCCCGAAGUUAGAUCCCUCUUCGCCAGAGCAGCCACGUCCCCACUCGAGUGCCAGUGUUUUCGGCAAGCGAUUCGAAUAUGACUCUCAGCCAACUCUACCUCCUAGCCCCACCCGCCAGGAAGGACGCCGCACACGAAGCUCGACCGAGAAGGAAGAAAAGCGACGGCAACACGAGCGAGAAGAACAAGAAAGAGAGGAGCAUGAGGAAGAAUUACGCGCCGAAAAAGCCCGGGAACAAGAAAAGCAAAAGGCCAUUCAACUCAAGGCUGCUCAAAAUAAGUCUUCAGUCGAACCAGAUGAGAGGUCAGGGCCCUCGGUGCCCAAAAAUCCUCAACCGCAACGGCAACAGUCGCGCGAGCCUGAAUCCUCUCGGGAUACGAGUUCGAGAUUCGCCAUCCCUCAAUCUAAGCAAAACGAACGCCGCCCCCUCAAGCCAACCCGGGAGACUCUGCAGAAACCUACUCCGCAACCAAUGUCAAUCCGCGUGGGCAGUACCUUAUCUCGUCAAAUCCCUAUGCCUUCAUCUUCGGUCGCACAAGAUUCAAGCAUUCCAGCGGCGGUCUCUGCCCCUGCACCCAAGCCGACUCUGAAAAAGAAGGGUAGCAAUAAUUCCUUACAUACAGCAUCUUCCGCGAGCAGCUUCAAGAGCUCGAUUUCAAGUCAGACACAGGCAGCCCAGCGCAAGACCCAAGCUGCCAGUAAGAAGGAGCAAGAGGACCGCCGUAAGGAAGAACAAAGGCGUGAGAUUGAGCGCAAGCGUGCUGCCCAGCAGGAAGAAGCUCGUCGGCAGGGAAUGAGGAGUCGUGCUGAGAGCCGUGCCGAGGCUGACAGAGAGCGCCGUGAACGCUCCGCUCAGGAAGAUCCCAAGAGGGCCGCUCAGAUGGAAGCAAUCAGACGACGCCAACAAGAGAACGCCCGUGGGCAUGUGAGGCAAGGUAGUCAGCAGAUUGCCAACGAGGGUCCUGUCCUUCAGCACGAAAAGCCAUCUGCUCAGUCAUCUCAGCGUAGUGACUUGGGUGCUUCCCGUCCUCCAUCCCGCCUAGGUGGCUCUAUCCAGCCACCCGCCCGCCUCAACCCGCCCGCACCUAACCCUGCCAAGCCGCCCAAGAGGGUUUUGAACGACGAAAGUGGCCACCGACCCGCGGUCUCCAAGCCCAGCAAUGUUCAAUCCACCGGCGACGCCAAGCGGCGCAAGACAGAGGAUGAGCACAAUCCCAUGCAACCCGUGCGCACCAUCAUACCAGGUCAAUCUAUGUCUGGACAACCCAUGCGUCAAUCUUAUAUCAGAAAGCCCUCUAUCUCUACUUUCAGUCACGGACAGUCCUCCAUGGCGCACCAGUCUGGCUCCUCCAUCUUCAAGAAUAGUGCCCCGCAACGUCCAGCUCAUCCUGGUGAGAUGGCCAAGUUUGCGACAGGCAAGAUUCCUUUCGCCGAACCUAACCCUGCGCCUCCACCAGCUGCGUACAAGGCCACACCCAACUCCGCUCAACGCCCAGCAGCAGCGAAGCCAUCUCCCAAAUAUCCAAGUGGUGAGAACAUUCACUUGCCGGAAAUCAACACCGAUAGCGAGGAUGACGACGACUCCGACUCUGAGAUGUUCCCCGUGCCCAAGUGGGCGCAACCUAAGGAGCUGGAGGGUCUUCUCCGGCAGCAGGAUGGUAUGGAGGUUGACUCGAUCUUUGGGCCCAUUGCUCCCUUCUCGCUGGAAGAUACCUUCAAGGCAGACAAGAAGAUCAAGAAAUACCGCGAUCGUACCAGCAGCGCUAACUGGUCUGGCCCCGAUGGGCUUACCCAAGAGGAGAUUCGAAAGGAUGUAGCAGACCGACAACGGCUGCGCCUCAAUGGCGGUUGGAGUUUCAACUAG